CGGGGUCGGCCUGGCCAGAGCUCACUUUGAGAAGCAGCCGCCCUCCAACCUGAGGAAAUCCAACUUCUUCCACUUCGUGCUGGCCAUGUACGACCGGCAGGGGCAACCCGUGGAGAUCGAGCGCACCUCCUUCGUGGACUUCGUAGAGAAGGAGCGGGAGCAGAACGGCGAGAAAACCAACAACGGGAUCCAUUACCGCCUGCAGCUGCUCUACAGCAACGGGGUGCGCACCGAGCAGGACCUCUACGUGCGCCUCAUCGACUCCAUGUCCAAGCAGGCCAUCAUCUACGAGGGGCAGGACAAGAACCCCGAGAUGUGCCGGGUGCUGCUGACCCAUGAGAUCAUGUGCAGGUACUGCGGGGCCGGGGCCCAUGGCAGCCUCUCUUGUUUACCACCAGCACCGCCGUGUUUGUGCCAAUUAGCGCUCCGUGCCAGAGCGGCUAAUUGA